UUCUCUGAGUCCCGCCCCCAGCUGCUCGCCCUCGAGCGGCGGCUCCGGCGCGUCCCCGCUAUCGUCUCUUCCGGCCCCGCCCCUCCCGGCUGCCAUGACAACGAGUCCGCGCCCCGCGCAAGGCUGCCGCUCGGGCGGGACCCUGGCUGGACCGCGGGCCCCGGCCUGGGGGCACAGCUGCUACCGCCGCCGCCACCUCGUCUCCUCCCCGUUCCCGCCCCGCGUCUCCUCACCUCCCUCGGGUCCGCGGCCGGGGUCCCUCCCCGCCGCCCCAACCCUGCGCGGAUGCCGAAGGUGAAGGCGCUGCAGUGCGCCCUGGCGCUGGAGAUCCGCUGUGUAACUUGCCCAGGAGUGGUGCUGAAAGACAAGGAGGACAUCUAUCUUAGCAUCUGUGUGUUUGGCCAAUACAAAAAGACACAAUGUGUCCCAGCCAGUUUUCCACUGGUCUUCAAUGCCAGAAUGGUGUUUGAAAAGGUGUUCCCUGAAGCAGUAGACCCUGGAGAUGUGGUUGCACAGCUUGAAAAUGAUACAGCAUUGUUUGAGUUGAUUCAGCUAGUUCCGCCAGUGGGUGAAACACUGUCUACAUAUGAUGAGAAUACACGAGAUUUCAUGUUCCCGGGUCCAAAUCAGAUUUCUGGACACCAUGACUCAAACCGCCAGGCUACCAUGAGGAAGAUUUCUGGCCUUCACGGAAUUGCUCCAAAGCUGGAAUUUUCUACAACCUCAGUGAUUACCGAAUGUCUGAUAAGUUCAAGGAAGUGCCACACUCAGGAUAAAUUUAUUCACCAUACGGCUCCAGUUGAAAAAUCACAUGGCAGACUGCAAACCAGAACAUCAAGGUCACAAAAGAAAAACUCCAAAUCACCUGAGAGAAAUAAAUAUUGCAUAAAUGCAAAAAACUACGAACAGCCUACAAUUUCUUCAAAAUCACACUCUCCAUCUCCUUACACAAAAAGACGCAUGUGUGAGCUAUCUGAAGACACUAGGCAGCGGCUGGCGCAUUUAAAUCUGGGGCCCUAUGAAUUCAAAAAAGAAACAGAUAAACCUCCAUUUGUGAUUAGACAUGUUGAUCCCCCAAGUCCCAGGGCUGAUGCUUUAUUUGGAUCUUCUGGCAGAGACUGUGAAAGAAAUGGAUGGUCCAGGCUGCACAAUGAUCAUUCUCAUCUUCGCUGCUACCGACCCAAGGAUUAUAAGGUCAUCAGAACACCUCAUGGGAGAGACUUCGAUGACUCUUUGGAAAGAUGUGAUGACUAUUUGAGUUCAAGGUCACGUAGCAAGCCCCAGCAUUCAUCCAGGACCUCACUCGUUCAUUCAGCACCCUCUACAAUGCCGAAGCAUUCUCCAAGCCCUGUGUUAAAUCGUGCUUCUCUCAGGGAAAGAUUCCAUUCUGACUGGUGUUCACCUUCAAACUGCGAUGAGAUCCAUGACCGGGUAAAGAAUGUCUUGAAAUCACAUCAGGCUCAUCAGAGACAUUUAUAUGAUGAGAGAGACCCAGAGAAAGAAGAUGAACUGGAAUUGAAAAGAGGUCUUUUAUAUAGAGACUCUGCCUAUGACAGUGACCCAGAGUAUAGUUCAUUUCAGCAGCCACGUGGCACUCUCCAUUUGGAUGAUGGCGAAUACUGGUCCAACAGGGCAGCCUCUUAUAAAGGAAAAUCCUACCGACCCAUCUUUGAGAACAGCAUGGACAAGAUGUACAGGAGCUUAUACAAAAAGGCCUGUAGUUCUGUUUCUCAUACACAGGAAGGCUGCUGAGACCAGUGGUGAUAAACUGUAUGAGUGUCCUUGUCAACUUCUCAAUGAAAACGUUUGAUGUGAUCAGUAUCUGUAUUCCUUUUCUUUUAAACAGGUGGUUCUAAUUGAGUACACUAGUUAGACUUGAAUAAGUUUAUUACUUCAAAUGAUAAAUUAUCAUGGGCAAACCUUCUUUUUCCAAUCACAGUAAAGAAUGCUACAUUCUAAAAGUCAAAGCUCUGCAACACAAUUACAACCUCCAUUCUGAUUCUGAGAAGGCUGUUCUGUCACAUCUCUCUCAUAUCACCAGCUACAAAUCCAAAAACAGAUUCUCUCUAGAAAUGUUCUUCUGCCUUAAUCACCUUGUAAUUUUCUUUUCACCUACUUGACUGGUUAUCUUGUCUAAGAUUUAAUUAUUAUUAUUAACUCCCUUUUCUUGGUCAUGAGCAAAAAGAUAUACUGUACGAAGAUGAAUUUCCCAGGAGUUUAAACCCUGUUUUAACUAGUAUUUUCUACCAUUUGCUCCCUCAGAAAAGGCUAUUGAUAUGUCUUAGCUCCUAAGAUACAGCUUUCUUUUUAAAGUUUCUAUAAUCAUUCACUCCCUCUUCUCUAAAAGAACUACUAAGUUACUUAAAAUGCUUAACAGUUAGUAGAAAUAGGAAUGGCCAUGGGUGAUCCACAAUGUGCAUAACUGAUUUUUAAAGAGAAUUUUUUGCAUGAUUUUCUUCUAGAGCCAUAUCUUUGGUGCAUCCGGAAUCAGAAAAUAGCCUUUGUUAAUAAGCCUGUAGAGACUCAGAAAGAAUAAGGGACUUAUAUUGUAAUUCCAUCUCUUUAGAGUUUUCAUAGGUAUCAAAUAGCCCAAGAAAGUAGCAUCCUUACUUUAAAGGACACUUGGAACCAUAAAGUGGAGGAAAAUAUUAGAGCGUAACUCUUUGUACCAGAAAGUUGUUAGUUGAGAAAAUUAGCUUCUCCCCCACGCCCCAAACACACCUGUGAGGCCAGUGAGGCUUUGAAGAUAUGAAGAAAUCAGUUACCUUGUAUUCACCAGAGUGAGUGGAAGAAAAGCAGAGAAUAGGACAUGGUAAACUUGGCUUAUAAACUUAAAGAGUUGACUACAAGGUAAUGUUUUCUCAUUGACUCCAUCUUUGGUUAAUUUUAUAGUUAUGAUCUUAAAAGAAAAAACUUGAGUUAAAGUUAAACUCUAUUUAAAUUGGAAUCAGCAUGUAAAAUUGGGUGAUUUAUUUUUGUAAUAGGAGAAAAUACAUAAUACUUGUUAUCCAGUAA